AUGUCGCAGGGAGCAAAUGCAACAUGGGCAGCGGGAAUUGAUCAAGCAGCAGAGCCAUGCGAGGAAGGGACGGGGGUCGGCUCUCAGAGAGUGUCCAAGCUCAAUCUCUCCAAGGUAUUCAGCCACUUUCGCCCUCCCCAGGAUGAUCGCGUGCACCUCGACUCGGCUAGAGCCCAGGCGCUCACCCCGCAGCAUCGCCCCCACACGGCUCGACCCUCAGCCCCACCGGGACACAGCGCGACCAGGUCGCCGCUGGUCUCGAGAAGGAGCAGACCAGUGCAGUCAGCGAGGAACGCGAGCAUGGAUCUGAGCCUGGGGAACUCAACACUGACAAGCAUGAGAGGCGGACUGACGCUGACGUCUGCGAGCCGCAAGCUGUUCUUCGAGCGACCUCUGUCUGCUGUUCAGCAACAAACGUUCGAGCCGCUCUCGGGGAUCUCGAGCAAGGUCAUCGACACCUUCGCGUCUCCCAUCAUAGCAACUCAGAGGCAUCGAAACAAACGUUAUCUGGUGACAAGAUCGAGAAGCAAGCCUCCAGAGGAGGAGGUUCGCCUCUCGCCGGUGGACUGGUCCCAGGUGAAGGGACUCGAGCAUCAGCAUGACAACAAAGCCAAAGCAAGAGAAGCUGCCACGAGCAAGCGACAAGUUCAGAGUGCCAGAGCAACUUUCAGGAGGGUGCCCUCCUCCAAGGACGUGAAAGCCAUUGCUUCACGCGCUCACAUCGAGGAAGCGUUUCACCGGAGAAUGUCGAGCGUAGUCAGUCUCAACGAGAUGGAGGAUUUGAUGUCCUGGGGGUUCUUGUCACAGAUGAAAGCAGCUGCCUCCCCUAGGGCCGAAGAUUUCAAGUCGGAGGAGAUCGAGCUGCAGCACUUGGAGCCUAAACUUGUAUCGAAAUUUGUAGAUAGAUUGCCUUUCGUCUGCGAUGGUAGAGUGCAGCUUUCGAGCGACAUAAAGCAGAUCUUCAUGGACAGAGAGCCUGGAUUGAAGAACAGAGUACAGAGCUACUUCAAGAAAGCUUCGUCGCAGAUCGAGCACGACAUGGUCCGGAUCAACAAGACGAUGAGCAAGCGCAUCAACCCAGAAACCAAAUCAGAGGUGAGUCAAACUAGAUGCGAUGAUGCAGCUUAUCCGUGCCUCGAGUUGCUGCGGCGAAGGAGCGAGAAACAGUCGCUGAGGUUGCAAGAAGCCAAGAAGAAUCGUGAAUGCUUGGAAAGAACCAAGGUUGAAACCCACGUGAAAAAGCUUGAGCACAAGAUGAGCUUGAUGGAGAAGAAAGCUGAAGGUCGACCGAAGCCAAAAAAUGUGACAACAAAAACCACUGAUCCGAUUGCAGAUCAACGCACGCUUCAUCGCGAACAGCUUCAGAAGUAUUACAUGCAGGUAGACCCUUGUGCUGGGGAAUGCUCGUUCAAGGCUGAUGGGUACUUGCGGAAGACCAUGGCCUUGGGAUUCUAUCUUUCAUACUUCCAGAACUUCAUGAGGUGUAAAGGAGCUCAUGUUAGACACUGUCAGCUGACGCGCUUUCUCCUCCCAUCAAGAAAUUGGAUGAUAGUGAAGGCGCAGCUGCUGAUAAAGAAGCAAGCAGUGAUCACAAUUGAGAAGUACUACUUCAACUACGUCUCUAGACAAUAUCGCAAGAGGAAGAAAGCGGCUCUGAUGCAACUGACCAUGAUCCUCAAGAAUUGCAUUCGAAGAUUCCGCCAUCGCUUUCGAGCCAAGAAGAUCAACAUCAUCCUUACUUUCCUGGGACAAGUUGGAAAAUUUGCAAGAUUUCAGAUGGCAGUCAAGCGAUUCAGAGCAAAGAUCAUCAAAGCACAAGGAUUUUUCCGACGGCAAAUUGCAUGCAACAUCGCCCGAUAUGAAAUUUUGGAGUUGCAAUGGAAUAAGAUUGAUGACGAACGCAAGCAAAAGUUUCUUGAAAGACGAGAAGCACAUCUUUCCAGCAUCAAGAAAAAAGUUGACCCUGGUCUCGACCUGAAAGGAAAGGCCAAAGGAGACUUUGACGCGAGGUUGAAAUGGGUGGAGGCGCAGGCAGGAAUUAAGAAACUAAGAGAGUGUAAAGCGGAAUUGGACAGCGCUAGAAGGUCUUACUGUGAAUACUUCCUACCAUCGGACCUCGUCCGCUUUGAGUCGAUUUCUCCUCUUGUGAAGAAGCGAAUGCUGGAACUUUACGUGAAGAAGAUCCGACAACGAUACAACCAUGAGUGGAACGAGUACCGCAAGAAACUGUCGGCCUGGAUCGAGCUUCAGAAGACUCAGGAAUCGAUCAAGUCGGUCUCGCGAGAUCUGUACCUCACUGCGAGCCUGGAAUCCAUGUCUUCUCGCAUCGUGAAGCCCAUGCCUCCAACCCCCAACAUCGUGCUUCCAAGACAUCUUAUGGAGCAGAUUAUCCUCAAGGCUGUCGAACACACCAGAAAAAUCGCAGGGAUCUCCAAGAAUGUGGAGCCUCGACACAAAACCACCAGUCACAGCGCGAGAACCUCACACAGCUCUCGCUCAUGGAACAAGAGUGGUGGAAUGAAUUGA